AUGGGGUCAGACGAUAGCGAACUAGAGGUGCUACAAGAUCCCUCAUCAUACACCAAGUCAAUUCAAAAGGAUAAUGGCGCACGUUGGGUGCGUGGCCUAACUCCCAUUGAAACCAAUGAUUCGGUGAAACUUACCACAGCGCCCUCUUCAACACGCAGUUGGGUUUUACGCUGCAUGAGGCACUGGCUGCUGGUGCCGGUUAUAUUGGGUGUCUGUUGCCUCCUUGCCUUGGCCAUGGACAUGGCUGAUAUGUGGAUGACACAUGGCACCACUUACCUUGAAAGGAGGCGUCACCCUUUAGAUUUCCCGUUAAAUGAAGAUGAGUUGCGUGGGUUCACUGCGUUACAGGGGGAGAGCUUAAUGCAUCAUUUGAGCCGAGUCCGACGUAUUUGGUGUGUUUCCGUCUUAUCUACGUUAUUUUCCUUGGCAAUUUCGUGGAGAAUAGGCAUCGCUGCGCGUGACUUUUUGGCCCUCUGUGGCGUUGGGGUUUCUAUACUUUCACUCCUGGCGACCGGGGGGCAGUGGAUCCUUUUGUGGACUGCAUGUGACACCAAGCCAAAGCGCGGGAACAUAGAGUGCAAAGCUCCCUUUGUGUUGUAUUGGUGUCUUACUGUUGCACGCAUGUGUGGGCCUUUGCUUGCUGUGUGGUUUACUGCUUCGGUAUUUGAUGAUGUGCGGGGUUAUAGGUUUUUCUGGAAAAUAUUUUUGGCACUGCCCGUUUUCGCUUACGUUUCCGGCGCUGCGCUCCUGGCGAAUUGCUGUAAACGUGGUGGAGGAUCGCCUUCAUGUGAUGGUGAGCACGCUGUUUAUCGCUGGUGUUCGGUGGCCACGCUGCUUUCGUGGACGCAGUUAGUGGUAUCGUGUUGGGCACAACACCGAUUUAACGUUGUGCUCAUGGUGAAGCCACAUAACGAGUAA